AUGCUCCCGAUCUCGGCCCUUACCGAAGACGGCCCCAUCGAGUUUUUUGUUCCUGGCGAUGGUUCUAAAUAUCUGGACCUCGCGGACACCCUGCUUCAGCUCCAAUUACAGGUGACAAACGCCGAUGGAUCCCGUUUACCUGCGGCGGAGAAGGUGGGGCUUAUCAAUUACCCACUUAACACCAUAUUCUCCCAAGUUGAUGUUACUUUGGCAGACAGAUUGAUAUCUCAGUCCAGUUCGACACACCCUUAUCGAUCCAUGAUAGAAGCUUUAUUAAACUUUUCGGACGCUUCUUUGAAGAGCCAGUUCACAGCCGGUAUGUUUUUCAAAGAUAAAAGUGGACAAAUGGACACCACUGACCUUACUGGCGACGCUGUGAAUGAGGGUUUGGUGAACCGAGCGCAGAGGGUUGCUGGCUCCAGAUCAUUUUAUGUCAUAGGCCCUCUACAUGCCGACAUAUUUUUUUGUGAACGACUCCUGUUAAACAAUGUGGACUUACGCGUCAAACUCAUCAAGGCCAACAAUGAUUUCUGCUUCAUUUCACCGGCUAACAGCGAUCAUAAGUUAAAAAUAUUGAGCGCUUCUUUAUUUGUCAAAAGGGUCGCUGUGUCUCCAGCUGUUUCUCUGGGACACGAGGCUGCACUCCGCAAAGAGAACGCUUUGUACCCCCUGUCACGUAUUAACGUAAAAACGUACUCUAUCCCUCAACAAUCUCGAACGUGUCAGCAAGAUAACCUUUUCCUCGGACCAAUGCCUCGUUAUGUCGUAGUUGGCCUAGUUGCACACACGGCGUUCACGGGUCGUCGAGAAAGUAACCCUUUCAACUUUGCUAAUUAUAACAUGGAGUAUUUAGCUCUGACGCAGGAAGGAAGACAAAUCCCCUCGAAACCUUUUCAACCACAAUUUUCCGAAAGGAAUGCCGCUCGCGAGUUUUAUAAUUUGUUUACGUCUACAGGCAGACAUUUGAAGGAUCUGCCUCUCUGUAUUGAUCACGAGGAUUUCAUGGACGGCUAUGCUCUAUAUGUGUUCAAUUUGAGCGCUAACGACGACACAUCUGCAUUAUCGACUGUGUCUAACGGUAGUGUCAGAUUGGAGAUGAGAUUCAAAGCUCCACUGCCUCACACAGUCACACUUAUUGUCUACGCAUGCUAUGACUCUAUUCUGGAAAUAGACUCAAAACGGCAAGUACUGGUGGACUAUUACUGA